UCACAGGUUAGUGCUCUUGAAUUCAUUAACUUUUUGCUCUGCCGAGAAAGCUUUAUUUUCUGGAUGUUUACUUGUUUUGGAAACAGUGUGCUGUAUACCAUACUGGCUUUCCAAAAGUACUUCAUAGUAAGGGCAACACAUUGUUUUAGAAGACAAAGCUGAUUACGCUGGGUAUGUAAUGAUAGUUGAAGAUGCCAGCCCCUUGGCAAAUACGCUGCAAUAAGAAAUCCAAAACUAAGCAUGGAAGAGCUGAAAUGGACAGCAUGGAAGAGACAAGUGAAAAAAUGCAGAUGAAAAAAGAAAUCACAUUGCUAAAUGGAGUUUCUUUAAUUGUAGGGAACAUGAUUGGCUCUGGGAUAUUUGUAUCACCCAGAGGUGUUCUAAUGUACAGUGCUUCCUAUGGACUCUCCCUAGUCAUCUGGGUGCUUGGUGGGAUAUUUUCACUGUUCGGAGCUUUGUGUUAUGCUGAAUUGGGAACAUCCAUCAUUAAAUCUGGAGCCAGUUAUGCCUAUAUUUUGGAAGCAUUUGGUGGCUUUGUGGCCUUCAUCAGACUCUGGUCUUCCUUGCUAAUUAUUGAACCAACAACUCAGGCAGUGAUAGCAAUCACGUUUGCCAACUAUAUUGUUCAACCAAUUUUUCCUCAUUGCGAGCCACCAUAUGAAGCAGGCAGGUUGAUUGCAGCUGCUUGUAUAUGUUCCUUAACAUUUAUUAAUUGUGUCAAUGUAAAGUGGGGAACCCGUGUACAAGAUGUUUUCACUUACGCAAAAGUUAUGGCCCUUUUCUUGGUGAUAUCUGUUGGCCUUUACAAAAUUGGUAAAGGAGAAACAGAAAACCUGAGAGCCCCAUUUGAGGGCUCAGCAACAAACCCAGGGAUGAUUGCUCUGGCUCUCCACUCUGCCCUCUUCUCCUACUCAGGAUGGGACACCCUCAACUAUGUCACUGAGGAAAUGCAGAAUCCUGAGAGGAAUCUACCUCUUUCUAUUGCAAUUUCAAUGCCUAUUGUGACUGUUAUUUAUUUGUUGACUAACAUAGCAUACUAUGUAGUGUUGGACAUGUCGGCUCUCCUCACGAGUGAUGCAGUGGCUGUGACGUUUGGUGGUGAAACCCUUAGUUAUGCUAAGUGGAUAAUUCCUAUAGCAGUGGCCAUGUCUUGCUAUAGUGGCUUAAACUCAUCAAUAAUUGCAGCAUCUAGGCUAUUUUAUGUUGGAGCCAGAGAAGGACACCUCCCUGACAGUCUGAGCUUGAUUCAUGUAAAGUGCUUCACACCAGUCCCUGCUCUUCUCUUCAAUGGCUUAAUGACUUUGAUUUAUCUCUUUGUGGAAGACGUUUUCCUCCUCAUUAAUUACUACUGCUUCAACUACUGGCUUUUUGUGGGUCUGUCUAUUGCAGGACUAAUAUAUUUGAGAUACACUCAGCCACAUCGACCCCGGCCUAUCAAACUUAGCCUCUUCUUCCCUAUAGUAUACUGUUUAUGUUCCCUUUUCCUGGUCAUAGUUCCUCUCUACAGCGACACAAUCAGUUCCCUUAUUGGCAUUGGUAUUGCCCUCUCAGGCGUUCCUGCAUAUUAUUUAGGAGUCUAUCUGCCAGUUGAAAAACGACCUAAAUGUCUACAGUGGCUCUCUGGAUUUAUUUUUGACUCAUGAGGAGUGGCAGCGAAGCAACUAUGUGAAGUGCUACAAGUUUACAAUGGCUCAAAAGCUCUAAAGUCAUUUAUUUAUUUAUGUAUUGCAAAAGGCAAAUGAGGAAAAUAUAAAAUUCAAACCUAAAGAAUAUGCCACACAGUAAAGGUGGAAAACCUUCUUUGUACAUCAGGAGCAUGGGUUAUAAGCACAAGGAAUUAGAAAUACUUCUUUGGGAACACACAUUUAAUGUAAUUGAUGUCACUGAAAAACAUGAAAGAUGAGUGGGCUGCUGAAAUGGUUAACUACCUAAAAAGGUCCAUAUAAGAGGCAAAGGAAGGGAGAGGAAUCUGGUUUACAUCACAAUGGUUUUAAAAUAGGAGUCAACAGUAAAGCAAACCUUCGUAACUCAAGCCUCUUCUAACAGAAAGAAUAAAUGAGAAUUAACCAGUUCAUGCAAUAAAAAACACAGUACAAAUUAGUAGGUGUUUAAAGAGCUGAUCACCUAAAAUGUGCUGCCUGGCAAGUGAUGGAACUGAGUACAUUUCAGCAUACAAAUAGAAAAAAGAUUAAUUCAGCAAUAUAUUUACAUAGUGCUCAGAAAUGUCCAUUUUACAGAGCCAAAACCAACUGUGAGCCACACCUGGUGGAGAGAGAACAAAGAGAGUUUAGACUGGAAAUAAACUUCCUUGGGGCUG